UGUGAGCGUCACCCAUUUGUCUCCUUCCCUAUAAAUCAGCUUUGAGAGCAACAUUGUCUGCCUUGGUCAAGGUCAAUGAAAUGCUGUAACGUCGUCAGUGAGACAGAGUGCACAGAACCACUUGUUGCCACUCUGAUUGACAGGCACAGGUCCUGCAGCAGCUGGUUCUCAGCCCAGAUACAGCACAAAGGUUGUGGCUAUUUAUACCCACACAAACACGCUCACAUAUCGGCAAAGCACAUUGCAUCUAAAUUCACAUAACUGGUCACUUUAAAUUGUGCACUUUUCUGUAACGUUGGUCUAUAAGCAUCAACUGAUCAGAAACCCUGUGACACGUCGACGUCAAAGAAUCAGUCAUUACUUCACCAUUGAGUCUUAUUAUUAGGAGUAAUGUGACACUUACAGGAGACACAAGACUGGGCAAGAAGAUGUCCUUGAUAUUUACGUGUGUGCUCCAAGAGAGGCCAUGGCUGAGAGAGGAGCAGCAGUUAUGGGUCGAUUGUCUGCUAGGUCUGAAGCUGCAACUAUCUCACUGUUUAAUCCUCAGUUUAUUUUUGCCAAAGCUAGCCAAAGGUGGAGAAUAAUGAUCGCUAGAGAAGAGGAAAGCGAGAAGUCGACUCUUCAGCUGCACUGGAGCUACUGGCAGACACAGUAAACUUCACUGACUCAGCACAACGGUCUACUAAAGAAUUUCACAGUUGGAUUUCACAGGGUGGAUGUAUUUUCAGUUAUUGGAAUGCUACAGACUCGGCUUCACGUUAGUCUGUAAAGGUCUACACACAGAUGGUCACGCCAGAGGAUUUCAGCUGUUUUGACAUCUGGAAUAACUGUACUAUCAGCAGUGAAGAGCAGUCUGUGUGGAUUGUUUGAUACCAACCAGACUAGCAGUCAUGUGCUAGCAUAGCGUAUACAACCUUAUUGCAUGAGGCAGUGAAGUGGUUAAACUACACAUUCACAGUCAACAGUGGUUGACUUUGAUAUUUGCGAUCUAGUCACAGUUGUUGUGGGUUCAGAUGGUUCUCUACACGGUGCUGGUGGUCCUGACGGACCUGGCAGCCCGGCUCCUGGGCAACACCGUGUUCCGGCGGCACUUCCACCUGCUGCUGUCUGCAGUGGUGACGUUCGGACCUGCGCUGAGUCUCUGGGUGUCCCCGCACAGCGUCUUCGCCAAGAGGGGUCACGUCCUCUACAGGACGUUCCUGCGCUCUGGUUGGGGCUGGACCUGCAUCUUUGUUGGCGCCUUUGUCUUCCUCCUCUCUUUCUCCAUCCGCCAGUCGCUGGCUCUCUCCAUCCGUCACCUCUCCAGGCUUGGCUUGGCUGGUGGACUGUGGUUUGCUUUCUGCAAACUUCUGGACCUUCUGGACAACGCCACAGGAGACUGCUACGAACCUUUAGCCGCGGGCCUGGAGGUAUCCAACGGCCAGCCUCUGCUGGUGUUACGAGAGGGGGAAAGCAAGUCCCAGUGCCUGAAAGCUGGGAUGCUGUGGAGAGGAUAUGAUGUUUCACAGGACGUCUUCCUUCUCUGUCUCUGCUGCCUGCUGUUGGCAGAGGAAAUAGCCGUGUUUGGCCCUUAUCUGAGCUUGGGAGGGUUCCCAGACGCUCCCCUGAGGAUCCUCUUCCUCUUCUGUGUCCUCUUACUUGGGCUCUGGAUCUUCCUGCUACUCUGUCUCUUGGCUUACUUCCCUGAGUUUCCCACUCAGUUACUAGGAGGUGCGCUAGGCUGUCUGAGCUGGAGGGGACUGUAUAAGGUGUGGUACCGCCUGGAGCCCAGCUGGUGCUGCCCUGGCAGGCCUGGACUGGGGCUACUUAUGACCAAGACCAGCACUGAAGAGAACUUACAAAUUCGCAACAACUGCUUCACAGCUACGGCGACGGAGAUGAACUGAAAAAAAGGAAAAUGAAUACAUUAGGUAGCCUUAAUUAGAAUUUUUGUCUAUGUAAGAUAAUAAUAAUAAUAUUUGUAUUAAGCAGGUUGCUGGUGAUACUUCAGUGUUUUAACGUUCUAUAAAAGAAGAAAAACAAAACAAAUCAAAUGAAUGUCACUGGUUAAUGAUUGCUCUUCUGAUAUAUAUUGAUAUGUCUUAUACCAGAGUGUGACCAGAUCUUUGCUGAUUUACAUGGAGCUGUUGCCUGCUGUCCUAUUUCUGCCCUGCUGCUGACACCUGCUGGUGUAAGUGGUUGAGAGAAGUCUGUCUCUAAUUACAAGCCAAGUGUGAAAUGUCAGUGCACACAAUAUGAGAUAGUUCAUUCAGAAAUA